AUGCACACGCGGUCACGCAGUUACCACAUGGGCCCCACCUAUGCCGUGCCCACUGCUGCUGGCGCUGCUGCAAGUGCUGCUGGGGCAGGGACGCGGGUAGGAGCUGGUGGUGUGAGUGACGGUGCCAGUGGGGGGUUUGUGGAGGGAGGCAGCACGCGGAGGGGAGGGCACCACCGCAGCAGGAGCAUCAGCACCACUGGUGGUGCUUUCGGCACAGGUGUAGUGGCAGAAGCAGGAGAAGCGAGAGCAGGAGGAGGAGAGGAUGGAGGAGGGGGGGGACAUCCUGCUGCUAGGGGCAGCACGGGCAGCAGUGCAGGCGGCAGCAGCAGGCGUUUCUUGCAGCGUCCACUCAGUUUCAACGCCGUUCAGGGCCUGCUUCUCUCCCGCUCUGGCCCUCGUACUCCUCCUCCCCACUUGCACCUCCCCCCUCUCCCCCUCUCCUCUGACCGCCUCUCCCCCUCGCCGCCCUCUUCCCAUGCUCUCCGCAGCCCCCAACCGAGCCAGCAAAUCAGCCCUGGCUACAGCCCGAACCUGAACGCCAGCUUCGCCAACGCCCCGAGCCUCAGCGUAAGGAGCCGGAGGGCGGGGGCGGGUGCACCGGGGCACAGGCGGUUUGUGUCGGACCUGUUCUUCGAUGCCCCCAUGGACUACUUCCAGCCCUUCUUGCCCUCCCCCGCUAACUCCUCCGGUGCUUCCAGCCCCGCCGUGGACCUGCUUGCACCGCACACCACCCAUUUUGACCUGCUCUCACCGCACACCGCCCAGUUUGACAUGAUGGCGCCGCAGUCCGACCAGCAGGCACCGCACACAACCCAGUACGACCUGUAUGCGCCGCACUCGGGGCAGCAUGAGACGCCCGCCCCACACACGCUGCGAGCACUGCCCUUUGACCUCACCCUGCCUCACCCACCCUCUGCAUCUCCCUUCGACCCCAUGCUCUCCCUCUCCGGAUCCUUUGAACUCCUCGUUCCUGAGCGACCAUCCUCCGAUUUCCCUCCACAUAGCAGCAGCAGCAACAGCAUCAGCCUUGUGCCUCCCUCCGCCUCACCCCUGCUCCCUUCAGCAGCCCCGCUCCCCCCGCGCAGCAGCAGCAGGCGCAAGCUGCUGGGCGAGCGGCGGGGCUCCAGCUUCAAGGAGCGCCGCUCCUCGCGCGACCUCUCCUUUGGGGAUGACCCCGCCUGGCUCAACCCUUCUCUCGUUCCUUCCUCCUCCCCAUCCGCCACCCCUCCCCCUCCAUUUGCCCUCGGCCUCUCCACCACUCGUGACACAGCGGUGGCCCUUGCUGCUUCGUCGUCCUCCUCCUCCCACCACCGAACAGGUGGGACUGGCACUGCCAGUGGUAGCGCCGCCAGCAGGGCGAGAGCCUUCAAUCGCAGCAGCUCUUAUGGAGGACAGGGCCGCCUGCUUCCAAGCGGGGAUGUUUUUUUCGGAUCAAGAGAAUACGAUCCGAUUGGGGAUAGACACAGGCAUUUGGGCGGCGCGGCAGAUUCCCAGGGCGGCAGAGACGUCUUUUUUAGUGCACAGGAGCAGGCGGCAGGUGGCAGAGGCGGCACUCUGCAAGCCAGAGGCGCAAGCAGCGGGGAGCAGGUUUUGCUUUCUGGGCGGCGGGCCAGCCAGGCCCUCUUUUUCUCUGAAGAUGGCGGCCUCUUUUUUACUCCUGCUGGUUCGCACGGCACGCGCGAUCUGGUGUCGAGCAGUCAGCACGGGUCGUUUGUGGGCUCGGACAAUUUCGUGGAGCCCCGGGAGGGCGCGUUCGGCAGCUUGGAGCGGGUGGUGGGUGGGGGGGAGGCGGCGGGCGCGCGAGAGCUAGUGGCGUUUGGCAGCACGGAGAAGGAGACAGAUGGUAGGGGCGAGCAGGAUGCGAUUGGGGAGGCAGCAGCUGCUGCUGCUGCUUCGGUGUUCGGCGUUGUUGGUGCUGGCAGGGGCACGGACUUGAGUGGCGGUGGGUUGAGCAGGGGUGGGCGGGAGCGGUUUGGGUUCCUGUCGUCUGACUUUGACUUUGACCUGCGCACAGGACCCCUGUACCCCGAUGGCCUCUCCGAGUCCACUCACACUGACGCCUUGCUGAACCCAGCUGUCACGGGUGUGCAGCAGGGUGCGGUGGGACAGGGUGCGGUGGGACAGGGUGCGGCGGUUGGCAGCAGCAGUCGCGUAAGGCUGGUGCACGGGAGUGGCAGUGCCAAGGAGCGGGGCGAGAAGGAGUUCAGAGCAAUGGAACGAGGCGAGAUGCAGUCUGCAAGGGGGCUGGGUGACAGGGAGCAGGACGUCAGUAGCUUUCUCAAAGAACGUGACGGUGCGAGGGGCAGCGAGCGGAGCAGCAGUGGGAGGUGGUGGGAGAAGAUCCAUUCAGGUGUUCGCAGCCUGGAGCAGAUGCAGCAAGACGCGUGUGAUGCUGGCAUGGCUGCUGCUGCUGCUGCCGCUGCAGACGCUGCUAGAGUGUUGGAUGACAGCCCUGCAGGGAUUCCCGGCGAUGCUGCUGCUGCUGUUGCUACUUUUGCCGCUGCUGCUGGUGUUGUUGGUGGUGCUGGUGCGGCUGCUGCUGCUGCGGGUGCAACCGCCGUGCGUGAGAGAGCAGGAGAGGACAUGCAGGCGCGAGCUGCUCAAGGCAAGGCAGACGGUGCAAGCAGGGAGGGCACGGAAACAGGGGGCCAGCAGCAGCAGCAGCAGCAGCAGCAGGAGCAGGCAAGGCCAGGGCAAGCGCAGCAGCAGAAGGCUCAGCAUCCGGGUGCAGCACUGUUCAUGACGGGCGGGGGGUCGGUGCUGGGGAGGGGCCUGUGCGAGCUGAAGGAGGUGUACGUGGUGGGGCGAGCACCGGUGGGGCGCGGGCAGUAUGGCACGGUGCGCAAGUGCGUGCAUCGACGCACUGGCAAGGCGUAUGCGUGCAAGAGCAUCAGCAAACGGAGCCUGCUGAGUGCAGUGGAGAAGGAGGCGGUGCGGCGCGAGGUGGGGUUCCUGGAGCGACUCAAGGGGCAUGCCAACAUCAUCCGCAUGAAGGAGACCAUCGAAAGCACCCGGCACGUGCACAUCAUCAUGGAGCACUGUGAGGGGGGCGACCUGCUGGACCGCAUCCAGCUGCACCGCAACUUCCCCGAGCCCUCCGCUGCGCGCAUCUUCCGCUCGCUCAUGCGCGCACUGCAGCACUGCCACGCGCACGGCAUCGUGCACCGCGACGUCAAGCCCGAAAACGUCCUCAUCGCCCACACCUCCUCCGCCUCCUCCGCCUCCCACCGCGACGCCCUCUCCUCGCGCCCGGCCCCCAUGGCAAAGAGCAGCAGUGUGGGUGCGAGCAGCUGCAACUUCAGCAGCGAUGCCGUGAAGCUGAUUGACUUCGGCGUGGCGGCGCUGUACAGUCCGGAGAAUCCGUGCCGAGACAUCAUUGGAACUUCUGAGUAUAUGGCUCCCGAGGUCUUCGACCAAUCGUACGGUCCGGAGGCGGACGUUUGGAGUGCGGGGAUUGUUUUGUUCAUGCUGGUGAUUGGCCGAGCGCCGUACAGCGACCCACCCUCCACCGGAGGUUCGGUGGCCCCGGAGGAGAGGCCCGGGUGGCCAAGUGUGCUGGUGGCGAAGGAGGCGGGGUUCUACGGCGUGCGCGAGUGGGAGAACCUGUCUGCUGCGUGCAAGCACCUCAUCUCAUGGAUGCUUGUGAAAGAUCCCAAGGCCCGCCCCACGCCACAGCAAGUGCUCGAUCACGAAUGGCUAUCUAUUGUCAGCUAG